AUGUGUACUCCAAAAUCGACUGGAGGUAUGAAUAUCAUUAAUCUGAUGCUCUGGAACAAGGCUGCAAUUGCUAAAGUCUGCUGGGAUUUAGCUCAUAAAGAAGACAAGCUGUGGAUUAGGUGGAUCAAUGCCUACUAUAUCAAGCAUCAACAGAUUCAGACCAUGCCUAUCCCAAAGCAAGCUAAUUGGAUGGUCCGAAGAAUAAUAGCUUCCAGAGAUGUCCUGCAACAAAUUCAAUGCACAGGGGAUGACAAAGAGACUAUCAGACAUACCUAUCUACAACUACUGGGAGACUUACCAAGAAAUUAUGGAGUAGAAUAUGGAAAUGGAUUCAGGAAGAUAAAAGGAACUACAACAAUUGGCAACAUCAUCUUCAAUGGAUCAUCAAGAAAGCAAAAGGAAAAUCUAACCAGGCCAACAUCUUCAGAUUGGUAUUCACAGAAGCAUCAUAUGCAUUAUGGCUGGAAAGAAAUAAUCGUAUCUUUGAAAAAAGAUAUCGUCAUUGUGAAAGUAUAG